AUUUUCUUGUCUGUGAGCGGCAGCCCACGUCAAAACAAUACGUGACGUUUACAAAUUUUUAUGUUGGGUGAUAUCGCGAUAGCUGCUGUAAAUUUGCGAAAAAUUCGCCACGCAGCAUGGGAGAUGCAUCGGUCGCAGAUACCGAAUCUAAUAAACCCAGUCCUCAAAGCGAGGCGCCGUCCGAGACGGACCGGGGUCCUUUCGGCGGGCUGGAAUUUCAAGUUUCAGAAGUGGUAGAGAGGUUGGAAGCCGGAGUGAACGCUCACGAGGCCGGAGAUGAAGAGAGACGGAGGGAACCGCGCAAAAUCAGCGCCGGGUUCUUCGAGCCGGAAGAAACGUCUAUGGAUGAGAUAUUGAAGGUUUUAGAGGAGUUGGUGUUGAAGACGGACCCUAGUUGCGAGAGCGCGGAGCCGCCGCUGCUGCCGACGGACGAGGUGACGCGCGCGGCGAUCCUGUCGCACAGCAUCUCGGCGCUGUUCGGGCGGCUGGAGCGCGGGCACGCCGCUCGGCUCGGAGCGCACAUCGCAAGCGAAACGUCGCGGUGGAUGGCGCACAUGUUCAGAUUGGCAGACUACAGCGCAUAUUACCACCAAGAGCAAUUGGAAGGUCUGGUGCGAGUGACUCGCAUGCUGCUGCACUGUCGCUACCCGCGCUAUCUUGAGGAUGGUGCACUGGCGUUCGCGACUCGCCUCCCAUGCAUAUACAGCUGCGUGGCAUCUCCGCUAGGGGUCGUACAACAUUUAUGCAGGCAGCUCGGCCUGCCUCUCGCCUGCGUGCGCCCCGUGCCGCAGCACCCGCGCGGGCGCGGCAUGGACGUAUCGGCCCUCGAACGUCUCUGCGAAGAAGACUUGGCGGCGUCGCGCACGCCGCUGCUGGCCCUGGCGGCGGCGGGCGCGGCGCCGCUGGGCGGCGGGGACGAGCUCGCGGCGCUGGCGGGCGCGUGCCGGCGCCGCGCGCUGCACCUGCACGUGCGCGGGCACGGCCUGGCGCUGCCCGCGGCCACGCCCAGAGACGAAAGUUAUAGUAUAGCUGACUCCGUCACACUCACGCCUGGGCCCUGGUUUGGCGUCCCCGGCCUCCCUACUGUCACAUUUUACAAAAUUCCAGAACCUAUGACAGCAAACGAUCAUUCCAAAGGUGUAAAUCCAGCGGGCAGCCGCGAGGGCGCGCUGGCGGCGCUGGGCGGGCUGGCGGGGGCGGGGGCGGGCGGCGCGGGCGGGGCGGGCGGCGCGGGGCGGGCGGCCGCGCUGCCGCUGUGGGCGGCGCUGCGCCGCGCCGGCGCCGCGCGGCUCUCCGCCCGGCUGGCGGCGGCCUUCCGCCACGCCCGGGCGGCCAGGACCAUCGUCGCCGAGGCGGGGCUCAAGAUACUGAGUGCAGAACCCGGCGGCGAUGAACCACCAACCGUUGAUCUAGUUGAGGCAAUAUCGCGGGCAUCCGCAUGCGUUACAUUUCAGUUUGCCCCCGAAGACUCAGAAAAGCCGCCGCCAUACUACGACAAGCUUAACUCCUGGCUCGGACAAGUAUUGCAGCGGGAGGCAGAUAUGAUCAGCAUAGAGGUGUGCGAGACGGAGAGCCACGGCGUGGUGCUGCGCUACUGCCCGCUGGAGGGCGCCGCGCCGGCGGGCGCCGCGCUGCCGGGCGCGCUGGACGGGCUGGCGCCCAUCCUGGACGCCCAGGUCCACGUGCUCAGGGCCACGGCCGCUCUUAGGGAGCCUUUCUUACAGCACGUGGCGGCGCUGCCGUGCCUGCAGGCGGCGCACGUGCCGGGCUGGGCGGGGCUGGGCGGCGUGCGCUACGUGCCCGCCGGCUGGGAGCACGCCGCGCCCGAGCGCCAGGACGCGCUCAACAGGCAACUGGUGGAGGCGCUCCGCGCCACGGACGGCGCCUUCAGCUGCGGCGAGGCGGCGGACGGGCGCGCCUGCGUGCGCUUCGGGAUGGUGACCGCCGACACCGACGUGCGCGAGCUGCUGGAGCUCGUGCUGCUGGCCGGCCGCGACGCCGAGACCUGCUCGCGGGAGCUCACCGACAUGACCGAGGUGCUCAAGAAGGGUAUCGAAGAGGCGGUGGCGGACUUGGAGCGCGAGAACGCCAACCGGCUGUGGCAGGAGGGGCUGCUGCGGCGCGUGCCCGUGGUGGGGCGCGUGGUGGACUGGUGGGCGCCCGCCGCCGUGCCGCCGCCGCCGGGCCGCCGGCUGCAUCUGCAGCACGGCACCCUGCAGCCCACCAGCGACAUCUACAGGUACGUACAAAAGAAGGCGGAGUCGGAACCUGCGCGCGCGCACUCCCCGGCCCGACAACCUGCCGCCGACCAGUAGGCGCGUUGGCACAUGUUGCUAACUUUGGCACAUGGCACACGACAUGUUGCUAACUUUGGCACAUGGCACACGACAUGUUGCUAACUUUGGCACAUGGCACACGACAUGUUGCUAACUUUGGCACAUGGCACACGACAUGUUGCUAACUUUGGCACAUGGCACACGACAUGUUGCUAACUUUGGCACAUGGCAUACGACAUGUUGCCGACGUUGGCACACUCGCCGCCCACCGUUGACAGGCUCGCCAUGUAAAUCAACAAUCAACUCGCGAUCUGACCUAAUAGUGUUCAGAAGAAGUGGACGAGAUUGUAAACACGCCAAUUUGUCUUUUCGUUCUCUAAUCACCUGCUUUUUGCUUGUAAAUCAUUGUACACUUGAGAUUACGUCUACUUCUUCAAUUAAAAAUACAGCUAAAUUAAUACUAUGUUCUAACACUUCUAACCGGAUACAUAUUGCCACAAAAUUGCCAAGAUAAUAGCAACUUGAUAUGUGAAAUAAAAAUACAAAUUAAAUAACGGUUAGAAGAUUUUGCCAGUAGUAGAGAAUUUAAUUGUUUACUUUUUCAGCCAUUUCUAUUGAACACUAUUUUUAGGCUACGCAACGCGACAAGUUAACAAUUUAACAUAAAAUGUAACAAUCGUUACUAUUGUAAAUCUUUGUUAUAUUUCAUUUCAUAGUUAUAAAUGAAUUGUUCCGUCGGUCGCCCGACGACCAAAGAUCGCGAUCAUUUUUCGGUAUCAGAAUCGCUCGUCUCAUUCGUUUUUCGUUUAUUUCUUAUUUCGUAUUGUUGUGUAUUCGUCACUCGUUCUGUUCUCGUUUUGUUCGCUCUUUGUCACUCUUCAUCUUCUUUGGCAAUAUUCUUUAAGUUGUCUUUCUGUUUUUAAAUACCACGUCGGUGGCAAACAAUCAUACGGCCCGCUUGAUGGUAAGCAGUCACCGUGGCCUAUAGACACCUUUCCCUUAAUAUGUCUUAUUCGUUUUUCGUCAUGGUCUUCUUUAGUCUCAUGCAUCAUUUGUCGGUUUCCUUUUUUUUCUCAUUGACGUUUUCGCCGAAAAUAAUUUGACAAGUUCGAUUCUGGGCACAUACCUAAUUAGUCUCUUCUGUUUUUGAUCGCAUUCUGAGUCCUGUGACUAUUGUUUAAUAUGAAUAUCAUUAAACUAUUGCAAAUAUCGUGUUCAAUACCUAUUUUCCACAUAAUAUCGUCCGUCUCAAAAAUGAAUACAAUAAUGACUUUCACGAAAAAAUGCACGACUGAGAACGGGACGGGUAGCAAAUGCACCCAAAAAAGAACUAAAAGAAUUGCCAAUGAGAGCAAAAAAGAGAGUGAUGAAAAACUAAUGUGACUUAACAAACUGCGAAUAAUACGAAAAACGAUGGAGACGAACAACGAUUAAGACUAAAGAAGACCGUGACGUAAAACUAAUUAAGACAUAUUCAGAGAGAGACUUUUACAAAAUUUGACUUAAGAAGAUUGUGACUAAGAGCGAUCGAGACGAGUAAAUAACGUAUGACGAAUACAGAAUGAUACGAAAUAAGAAAUAAACGAAAAACGAAUGAGACGAGCGAUGCUGAUACCCAUUUUUCGACAAAAAUGUAAUAUUUUGCCAAUUUUUAAGCAAUAAUUUUAUAGUACUAAUAAAAUAGGCAACCAAUUCGAAGCCCAGUGGCAUUACUUAAAGUAUUAUUUAAUUUGAAUGAAAUUAAGUGGCAACGUGAUUAAUUAUUUAUAGUGGAAUCUUAAUUAACGCUGUCAAGCACCAGAGUUACGUGAUCAGUGCCUUAACUCUUACCUUAUUUAGUUUAAGUACCUAAUUAUUCAACGAUUUUGACUUUUAACGUCGUGGUCGUGAAUUGUAUUAUCCAGGAAUGUACGCCAAUAUAUACGCCAAGAAUUAUCCAGGGUGUCCAGUGUCCGAUUUUCGAUUUCAAAAUUUGAUUUAAAAAAACAAACAUAUAAACUGUUUAUUUUUAUGAACAGAAAUUUACCUAAUGCUGUUUUAGUUAUUUGAAAGUUACUUUAUCUGAAUGUCGACCUUGGCUGUGUACAUACUGCGUGUUCUGAAAUGAAUGCAAGCUGCUCUGAGGCCAGCGAUCCGAUGCCACUAAUGAAUCCACAACACUCACGAAACUAAAACAGCCCAAGUCUACUGCUGGACACUCUGUAGGUACAAACGUCGUCAAAGAUAUGUUUACAUUGUUUGCCUUAUUACAAAGGAGUAAAGUUUAAAGUUGAAACAUAUCUUUGACUGUACAUAUUUAGUUGGCGUACUUGCGAUAUAAAGAAGACUAUGUACUUAGCUUUUUGAAAACAUAAGGGUUUAAAGGAAUACCUUAGUAAUACACACUCGUGUGAAAUUUUCAAGAAAUACAAUUCAUAAUAUACAAACAGACGAACAGAGGAGACUAAUUAUAACCCUCUAAAAUGUAAACAACGUGCUGAAGUGUCGCAGCUUUUAUGAGAAAAGGGGACUUUCGCCUCGUAUACAAAUAUAGUCUCUAUUUUCCUCUCUGAAUAUUAUCAUUAUAGAAAAUAUUUUUACGCAAUUUGCUAUAUAUUAACCACAGCGAUCGUACCCCUUCGUUUGCGUGGAAAUAUUUUCUAUAGAGUCAAUAUGGAGAAGCGGUCGUCCAGUGUCGAGUUAAAUGUGCAGAGUUAAGGUACUGGUAGCGUUCAUCCUACCGUGGUUAACGAGUAUAUUAUGUUAAAACAUAAUAUGAUUAUAUUCUCGAUCGCUCCCACGUCUAUUAAUAAAUAUGGUGAGACUAAAUUAUUAUUUGUACAAAUUUAUGUUAUCAAUAACCUGUAUAAAAUAAAUAAUAUGAAAAUUUACAA